AUGUGGUAUAACGUUACUCGCCCAUUUUCCAGGGCAUCAACGGCACUAAAGGCCCGUGAUGCUUUCGUAUCCCGUCCGGUGCACGUCUCGAGAUUUCGCCUGUCCUCAAUUCGCGCGCCACAGUCCCUCAUAUCACACACCGUCCACCAGUUUCACACAGCCGCGGCUCGCCCCGCCGAAUUAUUUAGCAAUACGGGCAAAUACGACCCCAAGGUCCCGGUGCGGCCGGACCAGUUUCCAAUCCUCUGCGGACCGCCGUACGUCAAGCCCGACGGCUCCUGGACCUGGGACAAUAUACAAGACCUGAUGGAGGAAGUGGGCGUUUUGGAACACAUCAUCAGCCUCGACGACGUGUUGGCGAUGCGUGAAAUGCUUCGGCUCGUGGGGCCCGAACUGUUCUGCUGGCACGACGACAUUCGAGGCGGCGGCUCCCCAGCAAUGGUUAACGCAGCCAGGCAGGGCCGCGUACGGAUCCUCGAGGUGCUGCUCGACUCCCUCGACGCAUCGACGUAUGAACAGCGCAAGGACGUCAAGAAGAAUUACGACUUGGAAGAGAAGUACGACGCAAACACCGGGACCGUCUGGGGCACGCCCCUGACCGCCGCUUGCUUGAAUGCGCAUGUGGAUGUGGUGCGGCUGCUGCUGGCUAGGAUGCCCGAGGUCGAUAUCAAUGCCUGCGACAACUACGGAUACACGCCGCUGCAGACCGUGGCCCGGCAUGCGCGGCGGACGAUACCGCGUGCCGACAGAGACAGAUACGGCGUGAGUCCGGCAGAGGCAGUAGCCAUGGAUAAGGAGUCUGAACGCCGCGUCGAGAUUGUACGACUGUUGCUGGCCCACAGUGCCAAGAAAGAGGCCCCGGACAAGGGCUUUGCACGCAUAGGGCAGACCGCAAAGGAGGCGUUCGAUGCAUGCCAAAGCACAUGGACCGAGAACGGCUUUCCCGACUUGCGGGUGCUGGUCGACCGGCCGCGCCGCAUUGGCAACGUGUUGAUCCAGGCACUCGUCCGGCCAAUGGGCGGCGACAUCAGGCUGACACGCAUGCUGAUCGACGACGGCGGCCUCGAUGUGCACGAGGGCUAUUUUUCUCCUACAGCGACUUUUGACGGCCGGGGCGACAACGGCGUCGCCGACGAUGUUGACGACGAGGAAACGAAACUUUUUAUUGAUGCAGAGAGGAGAAAAACACCGUCCGUCCUCGACGUGGGCCGCGAGGCGGCCUUUGCUAUUAACUGCGCCAGCAUUGACACCAUCCGUGCCGAGGAGAAACGCGUCUACGGGCCGGGCCAGGGCCCCGAUACCUACCUGACUCCGUUGGCAGCUGCGGCGCUGUGCCGCAACGCCGCUGGUGUUGCAGCACUGCUUGAGACCCCCGGUGCUGAUUUCUACUCGGACCUUAGACGACCGCCAUGCGGCCGCGUGGAUGAGCGUGUCCGAGUCCCCCACUUUCGAGAGCCCGAGUUGUAUCGCAAGACCGUAUUGCUGGACGAGGCGUACGGGGUCGACGGCCGAAACGAGAUCCGCACACGCGAUCGGCUCUCAGGCGCGUCCGACGAGCCACUGGAGCACGCCGUGGAUCCGGACACGCUACGGGUCACGUUCGAUUACAACAUCACCAGCGAGGCGGCGCGCAAGGCCUACCUCGACGACUGCGUGGCCACGGUGCAACUGCUGACGGCCGACGCCGCUGUCCGGGCGGCCACAAUCAAUGCCACGCACCCGCACGACGGGAUGCAGUACACGCCGCUGCAGCUGGGCGCGCGCUUCGACCGUCUGCCGAUGUUGCGUGUGCUGCUCGACGCCGGCGCCGACCCGCGCCCGCCCGUUCCCCACACCGGCCGCAGUGUGUUCUUUUCUGUGUUUGCCUCGCUGCUGCGGCUGUGCUCGAAAACGGGGGGCUGCAACUGGCACUGCGACCGGAUGCAGCGUCGGUUGUACCACCCCGAGGUGAUUGCCAUCGACACAAGCAUCGGAACCGCUGGCAUGACGAGUCUACUUCGCGACUUGCUUUGGCUAGACACGGGCGAUGCAAAGGACGAGGCGAUACGACUCGCACGCAUCAACGAGGCAGACGCCGACGGCAACACAGCGCUGCACUGGGCCAUGGGGUAUGAUCUGCCACACGCACAGGCGGCGCUGCUUGCGCUCGGUGCGCGUCCAGAUGCACGGAACGACGCCGGCGGAGUUCCUACGCAAGGCACACCGCCGACAACGACGCGGCGGAACAAACGCUCACGAAGUUUGGAGUAA